CAGGGGGCGGGGCCUCACACGCAGCCCUAGCCCCGCCCCCACUGCCACUUGGACGCCGCACUGAACAGUCUGGUUCUCAUGGUUUUGGGUCGUGGGCGGAUUCUGAUCCACGACUGCUCCUCAGGGCGCCAUCGCCGGGUCCCACACGUGGCUCCGCCCCCACAGGCACCUGGACCGUCGUGACGCUCCCUGGAAUCAGGGAAAGUCCCUUGUAAAUAGGUCCCGUUUGGUGUCUUGAUAUGUAACGUCUGGUGGCCAGGCCGGCGGCGACCUCCUGUCCUCGCCAAGGUUGGUUUCACGGCAUCAGCGCACUUGUUCUGGCCGUCGCCUUCUCAGGCGCUUGCUGCUGCCACCGGCGUGUCCCAGCAUCUAACCUUUACGUUGUGUGAGCGACUCGCCUUAGUUUAGACUCCGUUUCCUGUCCAGCCUUCUUUCUUUGGUCUGAAUAAAGUGGAGGAGACAAAGACGCCGGCGAGUCUCUGUGUCCUCGUGGCGGCUCGGCUUCUGUCUCCCUCCUCCUCUGGUUUGUUCACAGCAGUUUGUUUUUUUUACCAAUUUAAACCACUGUUGGUUCUUAGUUUCUUUGGAUCAGAAUUCUGUUUCCAGGUGAUUCUUUCUUGGAAAGUUCAGUUCCUGGAAACAGCCUUUUUCAUGGAAUACAUCUUUUUCCCCAUUACUCUCAGUUAAAUGUGGUAUUUUCAAGGUCCAACAGUCAUUUUGAAUUUCUACUCUGUUGCUCUCAAGUUUCGGCUGCUUGUGGCCCCGACCCCUUUUCUUGACGUUGAACUUUCUCUGGUGAUGUUUGUCACGUGGAUGCUGUGGCUGCUUGGUGUCUCUGGGGGAACCAUCACACAGGCCUGGAACACUUCGGUCGGGAUUCCGGAGCGUGUGUUCAGCGUCUAGACGUCAUCACUCGUUUCAGCCGAAUCAUUAUGACCACCUGGCUCUAACGUUUCCCCCGGGCCUCGUGGCCGUGCCCGCCUGCAGCGGGACGGACAGCAGGUGGCGCGUGGGUCUGAGCAGGUUCACGCGCUGUCCUCAGGGUCGCUCCCGCGGUGACGUGAUGAGGCUGUGGAGCCGUCAGUGCGGAUCGUCGUCUUCAACUGCAGCGCGGUGGGUUUGGGAUACUUCCGGUGCUUGUUCAGAAACACGAGUCUUGUUUGCCAAACAUGACGGUCGCGAAUGGCGGGAGUGUCGGUGUCUCGUCUGACGAUACUUUGGUUGGGGUUUCUAGUCUGUAUGUCCGGAACAUGACUCGGAUCUUCCGUGAAGAAAGACUUGGACUCGGUUCUUUGGCCCCCAAGGAACACGUGAAGCAGCUCAGAACUGAGACCCCGGGGCGGGUCUCUGGCCAGCACCCAGCUGAUCUCCGGCAUCAGAGCGAUUGUCUCUUCAGGGUCGGCGGUUGUCAGAGACGCGCGCUCCACCGAACCGUGACACCCACGAACCUUUGACCGUUUAUUCUUGUUUAGACCCCGGCCCCCUCCUCGCUCCUCUUCCCCCCCGGGUGAACCGAGGGCCUGAGCAGCGGUGGCAGUGCUGCGGCCGGCCAGCAGGCGUCGCUCUCCUCCGGUGAGUGAGCGGACUCCUCCCCUCCUCCCCCUCCUCUUCAUCCUCUCCUCCUCUUUAAAAUGGGACCGUGGGAGCGAGCGGGCGCCGCCGGCUCCUCCUGACCGAGAAUGAAGCGCGCGUGUCGGCGGCUGGCGGUGGCCGUGGCGGUGCUGGUGUGGCUGGGAGCCCUGGUCUACCUGCUGGUGCUGAGCCGGAGGAAACUGCCCGAGCUCGGAGCUGGACCUGGCGGAGGCGCGGAGGAGCCCAAGCAGAUCUCGGAGGCGGACUGGGACGACAUGCUGGACGGCUUUGAUGAGAGAAGCUACCUGAGCGUGCGCCGCUGGAGGCCUGGGGACGACCCGUACCGGCUGUACGCCUUCAACCAGAGGGAGAGCGAGCGCGUCCCCAGCAACCGGGCGCUGCCGGACACCCGCCACCACAGAUGUUCUGCUCUCCAUUAUGACUCUGAUCUUCCUUCCACAUCGAUCAUCAUCACCUUCCACAAUGAGGCCAGGUCCACGCUGCUGCGCACUGUCAGGAGUGUUUUAAAUCGAACCCCAGUUCACCUCAUCCACGAGGUCAUCCUGGUGGACGACUGCAGCGAGGACGAAAGUGACUGUCAGCUCCUCACCAAGCUGCCCAAGGUCCGAUGCCUGCGCAACCACCACAGAGAAGGUCUGAUCCGCUCCCGAGUGCGAGGGGCUGAUGCUGCGAGGGCAGCCGUCCUCACCUUCCUGGACAGUCACUGUGAGGUCAACAGGGAAUGGCUGCCCCCGCUGCUGCAGAGGGUCCGGCAGGACUCCACCCGGGUGGUCAGUCCCGUCAUUGACAUCAUCAACAUGGACUCCUUCUCCUACGUGGCAGCGUCGCCUCACCUGCGCGGAGGGUUCGACUGGAGUCUUCACUUCAAGUGGGAGCCGCUGUCAGCGGAGGAGCGAGCUCGUCGGACCGACCCGACCCAACCCAUCAAGACCCCCAUCAUUGCCGGAGGGCUCUUCGUCAUCGACAGGUUCUGGUUCAACCACCUGGGUCAGUACGACAAGGCCAUGGACAUCUGGGGCGGCGAGAACUUUGAGAUCUCCUUCCGCGUGUGGCAGUGCGGCGGCAGCCUGGAGAUCCUCCCGUGCAGCAGGGUGGGUCACGUCUUCAGGAAGAAGCAUCCGUACGUCUUCCCUGAGGGCAACGCCAACACCUACAUCAAGAACACACGUCGCACGGCUGAAGUCUGGAUGGACGACUUCCGUCUCUUCUACUACUCUGCUCGGCCUGCAGCACGAGGGAAGGAGUACGGAGACAUCCAGAGUCGUGUGCAGCUCCGCCAGAGGCUCAAAUGUCAAUCCUUCCAGUGGUACCUCACCAACGUCUACCCUGAGCUCAAGGUCCCUCAGGACUCGGACCUGGGCUCCGGCGUGAUCCGUCAGAGACAGAACUGUCUGGAGUCUGGUCGGGCGGAGGGUCAGGAGCAGCCCGUGCUCUUGCUGGGACCCUGUGCAGCCAGAGAGGGCGCUGCCGCGCAGCAGGAGUGGGUCUACACUCACGGGCAGCAGAUCCGCCAGCAGCACCUCUGUCUGACUCUGGCCACCACCUUCCCUGCGUCUCAGGUGCUGCUGCUGCCCUGCGACCUGGCUGACAGCCUCCAGCGCUGGCAGAGGUCCGGCACCCACCUGGAGCACCUGGUGUCCCACUUCUGCCUGGACUCGGAGAUGGCUCUGGACGGUCUGGACCCGGCCCGGAUGCUGGUCAUCAGCCCCUGUGAGGUGACCGCCUACACUCAGAGGUGGGAGGUCCCCUUCUCCUGACCCGGGAGGUUCUGUGGGAGCAGGACCGGACCCCAGGGAGCGACAGAGCUCCGCCUCCUUCCUGCUUCAGACUCUUGUUUGUGUGGAGGUGAGGAGGAGGCCCUGGAGCGUGAGGUCACUUCCUGCCAGCUGUGGGUUGAGAGACUCUGCCGCCUCUGUAGCAUUCGCCCUCCACCACAAACUCUUUUCAAUAAAACAAUAUUUUUUCAGCAGAAACGCGCCACUGGUCACGUGACUCCGAUUGAUGGUCCUGACCGUGUCACAUGACAGUGGGCUCCGCAGGUGUCAGAGGUCAGGCUCAGCAGUGACCCGAUACAACGCAGACGUUCAUACCAAAAUAAAUACAUUUAUUCACAAACCGUCCGGCCACAGCAGGGGGCGCUGCUCCGGCUCCUUCAGGGUCGAGAGGUCGGCGCCGUCACGUGACCCGUCGGGUCAGGCGGAAGCGAGCGAGCAGUGGAAGGUGGUCAGACGAGUGCUGGCGGUUGGGAAGGCCGUUGACGGCCACCAGAUCGGACCAGCCGACCAAUGAGAGCCGGCCGAGCAGCUGCAGGCCCCGCCCACUCGGAGA